GUCACACUGACGUUACUUUUGUUUUGUUCGAAUUAAGAUAAAACUAAUACAUAUAAAAUGUUCGAUUCUUGGUGUACCUUAAUGAUAAUAUUUGAGUAGAUCAGCACUGCAAGCCACCCAGCAAAUGAAAACGCCCAAAAAACUGGUAGCAUUUGUCUGUGCUGCCGCUUGAAAUUGUCUAUGCGCAGAUCAUUUAAUGCCACGGCAUGUGGAUAUGAAAAUGUGAAUUGCUCGGCGGCUACCAGUGUGUUUUCCACAAAUCAAGCCACAAUCGGAGCAGAUAGGCAUUCAACUUCACUUUUAGCUGUGUUCCAUUAGAGAUCAAAAGACAAUGUCCCCGUUCAAACACAAGUGCACAUUGCUUUGGCUACUGCUGGUGCUCCUUACUGAACACGCACGCGCACGACCAGAGCAGCAGCAGCAGCAGCAGCAGCAUGCUGUGGCGAACGAGCCGUUGGUGGAUAAAAGGGAAGAUGCUCACUCCUUGACAGCUCCUCGCCCAGACGAUGAUGAAUUGGCAACUGUGGCGCCAACAACGACACCAGCUCCCGCCGUGGCUAUCGCGCAGGGCGCAGCAACUGGUGUCGCAACUGAAGCCACCCACACUCAGGCCUUGGCAACGGCAGUGCCAGCUACGUCCUCUACCUCCACCUCAACCACUGUACCCGUUCCGCUGCUGCCCGCUGCCCCGGAGCAGCCCGAGUAUCUGAAGCAUUGUUUUUAUGCCGAAGAGCACUUGUGCAAGUUUGGCCAUGACGGCCAGGCAAACGAAGCACCAGACGCACUGGGACACGUGUCGACGACGCCAGAAUCAGACUCACAGAGUUUUGGUGCGCAGAUCAAUGCCAGUCAGGGCCACGGCCAGAGCCUAGAGCGCAAUGCCAACAGCUGCCAGUGCCACGAGCAUCCGGUGAAGGCCAACUCCUGGUAUUGCUGCAACAUCUCGCAAAUGUCAAUGAUCUCAAGUUGCAGCAAUAUAUCAAAAUGGAGCAAUCUGCACGUGAGAAAUCUCACUGUGCCGAUCAUGGAUCUCUCCAAUCCCAUAUUCCGCUCCCUCCAGUCGCUGGCCGUGACCGAUGGCAAUAUUACGAAGCUGACAAACGCCUUUCCGCGACACUCCACGCUCAAGUGCCUCAACAUAUCGAACAAUAAUAUAUCGGAGAUACCAUUACGAAUGUUCAAGGAUGUUCCCCAUUUGGAGUUCUUUGGCAUGUCGCGAAAUAAUCUAUCGCUGGUGCCACAUCACAAUCAGAACAAAAACAUAACUGUGGACAUCAGUGGCAAUAUGCGCAUGCUCUGCAAUCCGCUAAACGAAAUAAUCAACAAUGAUUCAUUCAACUUUGUGAAUCCAAAGCACUCUUACUGCCUGUACAAUGCCACGCACGAGUGGUUCCAGUCCACGGACCUGGUUUCCGUGGAGCAGCUGGAGAGCACCAAGCGUUGCUUGACCAAGUGCCCGGUGAUAGAGAACUAUGGCAACUGCACAUGCAGAUUCGAGAGCAUCAUGAUCAUACAGGACGACCAGUCGAAGCCAAAAUGCCAUGUGGACUGCUCCAACCUGGGGCUGGUGGAACUGCCGCCCACUCUGCCCGACAACACGUUUGUGCUGAAUAUAACAAACAACAAAAUAACAAGCCUGGGCGACCACUUUCAAACCAAUCCAACAUAUCAUAACAUCAACAGACUGGUGGCCGACAACAAUCAGAUAGCCUCCAUUUACGAAUUUGAGGGCACAAAGUUCAUUGAGAACUUCCAGCGCAUCUACAUGCGCAACAAUUCUCUGAGCAAGAUACCCGAAUACUUUCUGAACAACGCACUGAUGGAUACAGGUCGACGAAUUUAUCUGGCAGGCAACAAGCUGCAAUGCGACUGCAACUCUGCCAAAACUCUGCAGAACUGGCUCAAGGAACGUAGCACCGAUAUACCCGACUACAUGGAGAUACGCUGCCGGAAUAUACCCCAGAGUGUCAUUGAGCUGCAGGAGGCAAAACUAUGCCAGUCACCGCCCGACUGGACUGAUUAUAUCUACUAUUUGAUAGCCGCCGAAGUCAUCCUGCUGCUGGCACUCAUUACCAAAGUAUCCUAUGAUUAUUGGGUUUUUAAGACCUCUGGCUAUUUACCAUGGCCAGCUAGCAAAAUGCCGAAAUUGCCUUGCGAUUGGUUGUGCGAGUCCUAGAUUUAAAUAUAGAGAUGGGCCAUCUAGUCCUUGGCGAACAAUCAAAGAUAGCUAGCGAGUCGUAAAGAGAAUUAGACCUGGAGUUAGCCUCACGCUUUGGAAGAGAAUUGUUUGGUAAAUGAGCUACGUUCAGACCAUGACAAAAUCAAAUGGCAGUGCGCACUAUUAUAUCUGACAGUGGAACCAUGUGCCUUUUUUAUACAUAUAUGCAGAAAUAUUUGUAUAAAUAUAUACAACUUGUAUUUGUUGGUGUUUAUAUCUGGUAUUUUAAGAGAACAAUUGUAAAGAGAGCAGCCAGUAACCAAACUUACAAGAACAUGUAAGACUUUUUCAAUGAGCUCUCAUAGUCAUGACUCGUGGUCAUAUUUUUACUGUCCUCAGAUCAAUCACCUUUUUUUUUUUUUAAAUGUAAGCUUGAUGUGUGUAUAUAAAACGGUGAUCGGCAUCAAUACCAUAACAGUCUGUACGUUUUCUUGCGGUCUGAAGCGGCAGUGUAGCAGAAGGACACUUGUCCCCCCUCGCAAGAGGAGAGAGGGCAUACUCCUGCCCAACCACUGAUAUAUUUAUAAUUAUAUAUUUACAUGGUGUUCUUUGAUUACUUUGUUGUCAAGAACCAUACGAUAGAUGACAAAUUGAUUUCAGAUCGAUUCGAUUUUAUAUUUACUAUAGCCAAAAACAAGACCAACAAAAUGCCACAUCGUGUAUUUACGGCAUUAACUAUGUAAAUAUUGGCUUUAUGCUGCUCGAAACAAAAUAUUCAUUUGGUUUUCAUAUUUAGUUAGAUAUGAAGGAGGGAGUGUACACAUAUGUAUAUGUAAUGAAAACUCUUUUGAUUUCAUUAAAAUUUGUAAUUGGAAACAUUUCCCAAGUCCCCUACAAGUCUAAUCCAAGCCAUUUAAAAUAAAUCAAACGUCACGAGUAAGAGUCGGGUUAAGAGUCCAUUUUACGAAU